UACGUCGAGGGUAUGGGUGGAUUGACUCCUCUUUUUUCCCGGCUGUAGGCAUAGUUCAUGACGCACAGACCACAAAAGUCACCCCUAUAGUAGGGCCUUAUAAAUCCCUAGACUGCGGUGGCCAUCUUCACACGCAUCAUCUUCUUAACACUCUUCACGACUUCAAUUUACGACCAACUUGAACCAUCUUUGAUUUAAUCAUGAGCGACAAACCAGUUACCGAUUUGCUGCACGAAGAGCUGGUUGGUGAUGACGCCACUAGUAUCGGUCGUAUCCCUGGUGCCACCAAGGCUCGAACGGGCCAUCAUUACGUCUCGCUCUUUCCCCAAGGUGAAUCAAGUUUCAUUCUCCUUGAGUCACAAGCAUUUAGAUCGUUGGAAACGAACGCUGACAGCUUGGCAAACAGAAUUCCCUACACAGGGUGGUGAACAAGGUGGUGAACAGGGCGGUGAACAGGGUGGCGAGCUUCGUGCCGAGGAGCACUUGCCCCCUCCAACAGGACGAGAUCGUCCUCCCAACAUUGGACGCCGUGUGACUUCCGAUGCUAGGACUCCCCCUAAAGAGGACAUCUCUGGCCAAGCGCAACGUGGUCCUCAGCCCCUCGCCCCUGCGCCCGGCUCCGAAACCGUAAUUGAUACUGAUCCAUGGGCUGAGCCGCCUUCCGCCUCUGAGACCAUUACAGGUGCGACGUCGCUAGACGUGAACAGAGGCAUAGGUAGGCCUGUAUCUGGAGAGACAAGCGCAGAGUUGCAUCACGAUGGAAGACCUCGAAGGAAGCGUAGUUUGCAGGGACUAGAACGAUAUGGGACUGCGAGUAAGCAGUUGUUUAAGGAACUCGAGGAUACUAGGCCUAGUGGCCCUCACCACCGAUGAGGCUGGGAGAAGUCAAAGUUGAUGAAAUAAUUUCGCGCAAUGCUCACAUUGUAUCUAUAGCGAAUCUGUACCAUUAGGAUUGCGUCGAUGAUAUGAACAUUCAUAUUGUCGCGAAGG